AUGUCAUUUAAAACCCUCCUUCAGAGCCCCGUGACACAGUUCUACUCCACAGACACCCCCUACGAGUAUGGUUGCUGGAGCUUUGGUUAUAUUAACGCCAUUCACUGCUUUGAACAGGUAUGCGCGUUAGUUACCACCAUUUUUACGCUCUUCCACGCCUUUGUACUGUGUCGUUGGCAGCGUAGCAAGUCCAGCGUGUACGACUACGGCUCCGAUCUCUACUGUGAUGAGGAUAUAAAGACAGGUGCGUGUUUUCUUGCAGAACAAAGACGAAGGCGCGCCUCCGUCGAAGCCAUCGUUCAGAGUGCAAAGCCUGAGUCCACGACCGCAUGCCAGCCCACCGUUCCCGUUGGUCCACCGAUUCAAAAGCGCAUGCUAACCGUCAAGCAAGGUGCGAACGAUAGGAGUUUGCAGAAGGUCCAAAUUAUCGAAAGGGAGGGUCCCAAAGCCCGUGCCUACACUCCCAGAUAUGAGUCAGCCAACGCUUAUCCCCACACCUUCCCCUACGCUGAGUCUGAGCCGGAUGCGAAAACUUACGAGUGCAAGCAGCGCUUCAUGGAAAUGCUGGUCUACACAGACUCCUUCGAUUGGCGCUCAGGAGCGGCCGAACCUGAAGGGAUGGGAUAUGAAACUGGUGAUGACUCACCUUACCCGGUUAACAGCUAUUUCCCAGUGAAAGAGUCCUCCCCUUUGUACAAGUAUGUCAAUGCCAUGCGCAUUGAGUUGAAGGAGGCGGAAGUGCCGCCAGACCGUGUGGUUCACGGUCGUGUCUUCUUCAACCUAAAGGAGCCCGUCACCGUCGAGGCCGUUGGGAUCGACAUUAACAAGACUCUUGCCAUGACUAUGCCCGAUGGCAAAGUUAUAAUUCCUUCUCGCGAUAAGAACUAUGCGCCUGAGUUGAAACUCCUUCCGAACCGUCAGCCGAGACUGCUUCUGCCUGGUAUGGAGCCGCAACCAGGGGACAGUACUGCUGCAAAUCGCUUACCAAACGACUUCGCUUUGGUGGAGGCCAUCCCCAAAAAGGCGAUUCUUCAGUCCGGAUAUUCUGCCAUCCCAUUCAAAAUUUACGUGCCUGAGAAUCAGGUGCCUACUUUUACCUACACUUGCAAUAAGGGUUCCAGUGUAUUCAACAACUAUUCCGUUGAAGCUUCAGUCCGAAUGAAUGGAAAUGUUGUGAAGAGUGAACGCGUGCCCAUUGUGGUCCCUGCCUUGGGUAAGAAAAAUGACGAUUACGCGGAAUCCGACGACAACUACGACCUUGUGAUAACUAAUCGACAGUUUACAAAGGAUGACGGGUUUGAUUUCGCUGUUGGCUAUACAGAAAAAGAUUCGGGUCAUGACAAGCCGAAAAAAGUCACGGCUUCGGUGAUCCGAAAGGCCAAAUGCCCUGCAAUUGGUUUGGACGACGAGACCAGAUACAGUGUUACAGACCACGCCAGUGUGUCAAGUAGCAGUUCUAAUCCGGUUUUGGAGAAGUAUCAACAAAACACAGGGAAUAAAACUCUUAAAACCGAUUGGGAUGCCAAUGCCUACUCGGAGAACAACCUCGUCCCCUUCACCACUCCCACUGUUAGUGCUGGUGGAUUCACUUGUGACUACCUUCUUGAGCUGCAUGUGGAUGAUGAGACGUACAGAACUCCAGUCCUCUUAGUCAACCGCUACGAUGACAAGGCCUCCAAUCGCUCUGAUAUUAGCUCCCUUUCCAAAAGAAAGGACUUCAAAGUCACCGCGUAG